CUUUCAAGUUCAAUUAAUCUUACUAUAUUGUACCUCUUCUUCUUCAAUUCUACCUGUCAUUCUCCUCCGAAUUUUCAAAUCAUGCUGCCCAGAAGCCGGACACUCCCUUCUAGAAUCUACAACGGUCAUGUUGAAGAAAGGCAAGAUAUCAGGCAUUAUCUGCAGGUGGAGGCACAGCCCAAACCUGAAAAUGCUGACACUGCCGAUCAACCUAUCAACCCCCUUCAAGCAAACUACUCCAAGUGCUUCGAUGACGACGGCAAACUCAAAAGAACAGGAACUUUGUGGACUGCAACAUCACAUAUCAUCACUGCUGUGAUCGGUUCCGGCGUGCUGUCGUUGGCAUGGGCCGUUGCGCAGCUCGGCUGGGUUGCUGGUCCUUUGGCCAUGGCCCUCUUCGCUUUCGUCAAUCUCUACACCUCAAAUCUCCUCUCCCUCUGUUACAGAUCAGGGGACUCAGUAACUGGAUCAAGAAAUUACACAUACAUGGAUGCUGUCAAGAAAAAUUUAGGCGGCCGGAAGGUGAAGCUAUGUGGUCUGAUUCAGUACCUCAAUUUGUUCGGCAUAGCCAUCGGCUACACCAUUGCUGCCUCUGUCAGCAUGCUUGCAGUAAAACGAUCAAACUGCUUCCACAAGACACACAAGAAGAGCAAAUGUCAUAUGUCUAGCAACGGAGAUAUGAUAACGUUUGGAAUCAUUGAGAUUCUCUUCUCUCAAAUUCCAGAUUUCGAUCAAGUAUGGUGGCUUUCCAUUGUUGCAGCUGUUAUGUCCUUCACCUACUCCACCGUCGGUCUUUCUCUCGGUAUCGCCAAAACUGCAGAAAAUGGAAGGUUCCAGGGAAGCCUUACCGGAAUAAGCAUCGGAACAGAGUCGCACGCCGGAUUGGUUACUCCGAACCAGAAGCUAUGGAGGACCUUACAGGCUCUAGGAGCCAUUGCCUUCGCUUACUCUUUCUCCAUCAUUCUGAUAGAAAUUCAGGAUACAGUGAAAUCACCGCCGGCAGAGCACAAAACGAUGAAGAAGGCGACGUCGAUUAGCAUAACAGUGACGACGGUGUUCUACAUACUGUGUGGAUGUAUGGGUUACGCUGCUUUCGGAGACGACGCUCCGAGCAAUCUUCUGACAGGAUUCGGAUUCUACGAUCCGUACUGGCUGCUCGACAUCGCAAACAUUGCGAUUGUGGUGCAUCUGGUGGGGGCGUACCAGGUGUUCUGUCAGCCAUUGUUUGCGUUCGUGGAGAAAUGGAGCGCGCAGAGGUGGAGCCGGAGCAGCUUCGUGACGGCGGAGUAUGACAUAAGCGUUCCCAUGGUGUGCGGCGGCGUUUAUCGGCUGAAUCUGUUCCGUGUGGUUUGGAGGAGUGCGUUCGUGGUGGUGACGACGGUGAUUUCGAUGCUGCUGCCGUUCUUCAACGACGUGGUGGGGCUGCUUGGGGCUUUGGGAUUCUGGCCGCUGACGGUGUAUUUUCCGGUGGAGAUGUACAUUGCGCAGAAGAAGAUUGGGCGGUGGACGAGCCGCUGGGUAGGGCUGCAGAUCCUGAGCGGGGCUUGUCUGGCGGUGUCGGUGGCAGCGGCGGUGGGGUCGGUGGCGGGGGUGGUGCUUGAUCUCAAGACGUAUAAGCCCUUCAAAACUAGCUAUUGAGGGUGAGUGCCAUUGAUGAUGAAUCAAAUAUAUAUAUGUAUGUCUGGAGGAUGUGGUGAGUGCAGAGAUGGAAUAAACUGAGCUACUCAUGUGUAGGUUGGUUUCUAUGUGUGUGAAACGAGUACGUUGUACGGAGGUGGGUGUGUUUGCAAGUUUAAAUUUUGAGCUAGAGAUUUUACUAAUAAAAAUUUUGAAUUAGAA